AUGUCUGCGACAAGCAACUCUUUCCUGAGCAGAUACGUUCAGAAUCUAUCAUCGCACAAUGAAAAUGUGUCAUGGAAAAAUAAUAUCAAGAACCAAUCUACACCCAACUCAUAUCCACUGAAGCCACUUUCUCCUUCAAGAAUGAACACUGUCGAACAAGCGUCUUCUACGACAUCUAGAGUUGGUAAAUCUUCUUUUCGUUUAGAAAAAUUAGCAAAGGAUAAUAAUAGUGUCAAUACUCCCUCAAAACCGGCACCUUUAACGACACCUACACCUUCUUCUAAAAAGAAGAUAAUGGACUCCACCUUUAAAAUUGAUCUUAGUCAAUUCACCAAGGACGAAUUAAGAUACUACGAAUUUCUAUGCAGAAUUGCUGAAAUUAAACAGUGGAUCGAACAACUAAUUAACGAGGAAUUGCCCCCAGAAUUGGAGCUUGCCAUAGGAGACUCUUUAAGAAAUGGUGUCUAUUUAGCUCAAGUCGUACAGAGAAUAAAUCCAGAGUUGAUUCAUCAUGUUUUCCCCGCUGGGGACAAAUUACAAUUCAGGCAUACUCAGAAUAUCAACGCCUUUUUCUCAUUGGUUGAACAUGUCGGUGUACCUAAUUCUUUCAAGUUUGAAUUACAAGAUUUAUACAAUAAGAAAGAUCUACCACAGGUAUUUGAAACAUUGUAUAUCUUAAUAUCCAUAAUUAAUAAGAAAUGGCCCGGAAAGACACCCGAUUUGAUUAAUCUAUCAUCCAAAAUAAGCUUUAGUAAAGAGGAAGUCAAAAAAUGUAGGAAAACUUGGCCAAGAAUUAGAGAUUUUAAAUCAUUAGGAUUAAGGCACAUCUCAUUGACUGAGAAAGAUAAUGAUACCAUUCCAAGCGGCCUCAUUCAAGAUUUUAACGAUUAUGAACAUUCCCAAAACAUACCAAAAAAUGUUCCGAUACCUGAGAAGUUAACCACCACCGUUAAAAAAGAUUUACCAAACAAUAAGGUAGAAAGAGUUUCAUCUGUAUCUAAAUCAACAGAGUUUUAUCAAGAACCCAGAACACCAACAAAGACUCCAAGACCAUAUUAUUCUGCUGAAACGCCACCUAGUCCUGAUCCAUCCACUUUGGUAACAGAUAUUGAAACCAAGUCAGCCCACCGUCUAAAUGACUACUCAUCGCCCUAUAGUUACCAUUCAACAGCUCUCCCCACUUUCCCAUCUAUAGACCCGGAGUUAUUCACUAGAGUCCCACAUCUUGAAUAUAGUCCACUAAAAACUUCUAGUUUGUCAUAUUAUUCAUCCUCAAUUUCGAAUAACUUAUCAUAUGACACUGAUUUUUAUAGGCAAAGAAGCGUAGACCGCAAUAAUGAUUUGAAGUUUUAUGAAACUUUCCAAUAUUCUCCAUCACAAAGAUAUUCGCCAACAAGAAGGCAACGGAUGAAUGAGGAUGAAUUUCUCGAUAACGUCACACAAUUGCAAAGUAAAUGCAGAGGUAUAAAUAUUAGAUUUACUCUUCAUAUCCAAAAUCAUUUAUUAAGAUUAUUUGUCAAGGAAACAAUCAACCUACAAGGGAAUAUAAGAGGUUCCAAUUUAAGAAGAAGAUAUCGUAGAGAUCUCAAUUCAUGUAAAUCCGAGAGCAAGAAAAAUAUUGUAUUACCCCUUUCAUUCAACGUGUUGCAAUCAAGGAUAAAAGGUGAUACACUAAGGUAUCAUUUGGAUUCUCUGAGGAUAAAGUUAGUAAGACAAGAACAUGUAAUUGAAAUGUUACAAAGACGUUCGAGAGGUGCAUUACUUAGAAAACGAACACAAAGACAAUUAUCAAAUAUUCAACUUAUAACUGAACCUCUGAUAAAAUUUCAAAAUAGAAUACGAGGGUUACAAUUGAGGAUACAGCUUUCUUCCCCCUCAAGAUUACUCACGGCAUCUAACUUAUCAUCCGCGGUUCUUGAAUUCCAAUGCUUAGUAAGGGCCAAUAAAGUCAGAGAGGGCUUUAGAGAAGUUAUACAAGAGUCCAAAAAAGAUGAACUUAUGAUAGAAGAUUUCCAAUCAAUAUGUAGAGGUAAUUUUCGAAGAAACAAACAAGCCAAAAUUAUAGAGCCAUUAAGAAAAAUUCAUCAAGGUACGAUUUUGAAGUUAUCUUCUCACAUAAAGGGAUAUCAGAAAAGGAAACUAUUAAAUUUGGUAUCCUUCUCAGAUGAUAGAGAAAUCAAAGCUGUUACAUUAGUACAGUCACAAGUUAGGGGGAUCUUAGUGAGAUACACAUUGGAUCUGGUAGAUGACAUUAUUGAAUAUAAUUUUCUUAAUCAAAUCCAGGCUCAUAUAAGAGGAUUCCAACUUCGCUCAAAAUUAAACCGUAGAGCCCAAUAUUAUCAAAGUAAUGCAAAUUCGAUAAUCAUGAUUCAAAGCCAUAUAAGGAUGCAAUUACAGCGUUCAGCUUACUUGGAAUUUAUGGAAUAUGCCAACCCAUGUUUAAAAUCUGUCAGGAAAUUUACUUAUCUUUUGAACAACAGGGAAAAUAUUGAAGAUACUCAAAAUAAACUGGAGAGUUUACAAGCUUCAUUCGACGCUGAGAAUAUUAAAAGGGAAAAUUUGCAAAAGUCCAUCAGAAAUGAUCUUGAUAUCCUCUCAGUCUUAGAUAGUUACAACUUACUGAAAGAAAGCCAAAUGAAAGGACAAUUUGAUUAUGAAAGUUUGAACAUUCCGCAAUCUAAAUAUCCAUCCAUUGAAAAAUUGUUCUACUUAUUACAAGUAGAUCCUGCCUAUUGGAAAACAUUAUAUACUCUUGAACCAGAAUUUGUUGAAAAAAAUAUCUAUAUGUCAUUUAACACUCCAAACAAAAAGAUGACGUCAACGGAAAGAGUAUAUUUCACUAGAUUUCUUAAAGAGAUACUACUAGAUUCCAUUGCUCAGACACCAUCCUUUUCCCAAUCCUUGGAAGAUAAAACCCAAUUAUGGCAGAAAGCAUUGGUUCAUUUUGUACAACGUGAAAAUACCGAGAAGUUUUCGUUAUUCAUCCCGUUACUGCAAUAUUUAAAUAAUCCAAAAAUUGAUUUCGAAGCAGAUCCAUCGUUAAUUUAUAAGCAGGUAUAUGGCAGCUUGCCCCCUAAUAGUUCAACACCACCGAUCGAUGAUCCUAAAGUUGCAGAGAAAUUCAUAGAGAAUUUAAGAAACUUAUGGCAUGCAGUGGAAAUGAUAGCUGAAAUUUUCACUAGAAGAACCAAUGAUAUACCUAUUGAAGUCAGAUACCUAUGUACAAAAGCCUUUUGUGCAUUUGCUGAUCAAAAUAUGAAUGAAAUGGAUUCAUUACGUGCAAUUUCUAAUAUCAUAAUUAAGUUUUUUGUCGCGGAGUUUUUAGUUCAUAGAGAAGAAUAUGGAUUUGAAUGUUAUUCUAAUCGUGAAAUGAAUGCUAAACUGGACAUCUUAUUGCAUUCAUUGAUUAAAGUUUUUGAAAUGGAUGUGUUUGAUGGUUUUUAUGAUCCUUUAAAUCAAUAUGUUCAAGACAUUAAACCACAUAUAAGGGAUAUUUUGUAUAAUAUUCUUAUUGAACCAGACUAUGAACAAGAGUGCGAUAAGUUAAUAUACAGUAAUAUGACUAAACCAAGGCCGCAUUUGGAAUUACUAUCAACUAAAAUUAUUGAAAUCACUCAAAUGUUUAAGAGUUAUGCAAAUAAAUUUUCAGACGGAGGUUUAUUAAUGGAGAUCUUGAGCCAAAAUGAUGAGAAAUUACUUCCAAGAUCAGGAAGAGUUAAUUUGGAAUUAAAUCCAUCUGCAUAUAAGUUCUUAGCUGUUGAUGAUAAAAUGAGAAGAUGGUAUGAUCGAGUGAAGAGAGCAUUUAUUUAUAUGACGCAAGUUGAAGGUAUCGACUCCAAUCUAUUCGACUUACUAAAUCACGAAUCUAAUAUUCAAACAGAGUUUAAUUUCCAACACUUUUUAAGAACAAAUCCUAAGAUAUGUACAGAUCCAAUAAUUGUGGAAUUGACCCCCAAGACCUAUAGUAUUUUGAAAGAAAAUGUUAUGCAAAAAGUUCAAGAAUUAUUUACGUCGGGAAUAAUUAAUCCCUCAGAUAACAAUCUUCAGAAUAUAUUGAACGAUAUUGCAAAUACUAUCAAGAACCCUGAUUAUGCGAUGAAUUAUGUCAAAGAAGAGUUAAAGGUUACAGAAGAAACAUACCAAGAAAUAUUUAAUGUGAAUCAAAAAUAUGAAAUCGAUUCCCUUCAAUUAAAGCAAAAAAUCGAUAAAACUAUUAAAGGUUUCAGUAAAUGUAGAAAGUUUGACAUAGUACCAAGUACUACAUUGGAGAAUUUAAAAAGUGCUUAUAAGAAAAUGCAGCAUAAAGGAAGCGUUAAUAUGCAAGGAUUAAAAUUUAAAUGGAGCACAAGACAAUUAUAUCAGAAGGGUGUUAUAAAAGAAAUUGUUGGGGAAAAACUAGGUGCUUCAUCCGUGAAAGUAUUUGGUUCAAGUGGGCCCAAAUUCCCAGAUAUCGUUUUCAAGAUUGCCACUUCAGAAGGUUCACGUUUUGGUAUCCAAUUGAUUGAUAAGAGAAAAGGUCCUGAAAAAAGAUAUGUUUCUGAAAUUGUUGAAUCAUUCUUUUUAAAGGAUUUAUUGGUUACACAGGUAGGAACCAAAAUUGAAACAUGGGAAUUGUUAAAUAAGAGAGUGAAAUUUAGUACUACUCAAUUACUACAACUAGUAGUGGAUACUUUUCUAAAGGAUUAG